GGUUAAUGGUUCUGACUGAAAAGUAUCUUGCAGACUGCUCAUAUCACUUUGCUGGCAGGUUAUGAAAUACUGCAUUGCUGAUCUGAUACGACGUCCCCUCCGGGUUCAAAGGUCACUGAAGUUCAGUGAGUGUUGAGCAGGGCUGGAAUUUUAAAGCAAGAUGGAGAGCGUCUCUUUCUCGCCGCUGUCCCGUGUUGCUAUUUGUGGUGGCACCCAUGGAAAUGAGAUGUCAGGGGUGUACAUAGUGAGAGAGAUGCAGAAACAGAAGUUAGAUCAGAAUGGAUCGGUUUCUAUAACUACCGUCAUAUCAAAUCCACUGGCUGUGGUUGCUUGCAGGAGAUACAUGGAAACAGAUCUAAAUCGCUGUUUCACAGAGGCCUUGCUGAGUGCCCCCAUAACAGACUCUACACCAUACGAGUUGAGGCGAGCCUGUGAGCUGAACGCUCAGCUUGGGCCCAAAGGAAGCCGAGAGGCUGUGGAUCUGCUCUGCGACAUCCACAACACCACUGCCAACAUGGGCAUGUGCCUCAUCUUUUACUCCUUAGACUGGAUCGCCCUGCAUAUUUACAAAUACAUACAGAGCAAGAUGACCUCUGCGCCUGUGAGAGGAUUCCAUGUGGAUGUACCCUUUUCUGAGGCUUAUUCCCUGGAGUCAGUGGGCAAACAUGGCUUCUCAAUAGAAGUCGGCCCGCAACCCAACGGCGUGCUCAGAGCUGAUAUCUUUAACAUGGUGAAAGAGGCAGUGGAUCUCUCAAUAGAAUGGCUUCAGAAAUUUAAUUCUGGAUGUACUUUCGAAGGAGGUGAAGUGGAAGCAUACACUCCAGUGAGGAUAGUAGACUACCCAAGGGAUCCUACAACCAAUAACAUAACUGCUGCCAUUCACCCCCAGCUGCAGGAUAAUGACUUCAAGCUUCUCCAUCGAGGCGACCCUGUGUUCCAGUCAUUUUCUGGGGAGACGGUGAAGUACGAGGGAGAGGACCUCUACCCUGUCUUUGUGAAUGAAUGUGCCUACUAUGAGAAGAAGAUUGCUUUCCAUUUAACCAAAAAGAUCACUGUGACCUUGCCUUCUAUAAGUGUUAUGAAGGACUGAGAGUACAUAGACAAAGUUUACACUUUAAAUCAUAAUCACAGAACAAAUUAAUGUGAACACUACAAAUAUAUUCAUGUUUCUAACGUUUUUUUUUUUAUCUCAAAUGUUUUAGUUUUAAAUGAGCAAAUGCACAAACUUAAUGAUUAAUAACUAUUCUAAAGGUGCUGGACACAAAUAACACGAUUACCUCCCUAUUCUGUAUGGCUAUCCAAAGCAGCAGCUCUGCAACGGUGCAUCUUCUGUGAGGCCGUGAAGAGAAGACUGAUGCGUAAUACCAGAGUUGAUUUUGUACUGAACAAUAUUGAACAAGUGCAGCUGCUAUAAAUCAAUUAGACUAGGACAGUGAACUUUGUUUUGCUCUGUGGCAAUGAUGCAAAACACCAUGUUUGAAUAAAUGGAAAACUUGGAUCACUUUGAAGU